GGAGUUGCAAGAAGUAGAAAUGGGUUGAUGGGUUGGGAAUUGGGUGGGUUUGAAGGCAUUGGGAAUCAAGGAUUUGUGGAAUUGGGUUCUCAAGAUUUGGUGAGAAAAGCUGCCAUGGCUAAUAACAAUAGUGGGGGUAGUGGAGGAGGAAGAGCUUUUGCAGCUUUUCACAAUGUGUUCUCUAGGGAAGAUGAUUCUUCUCCUAAUUCCAGAGAUUCAUCUCUCAUUGACUUGAAACUUGGGGGAUUUCCUGAUCAUAUCAAAUCCCCCAAGCCCAACAACACCUCUUCUUCUUCUUCUUCAGCUCACUCAUCUACCCCAGCCAAGAGAUUGAGAGGGGGUGGGGGAGGAGCCAAUUCCCAGAACCCCCCAUACUGCCAGGUUCAAGGCUGCAAGAAAGAUCUCACCUCUUGUAAGGACUACCACAAGAGGCAUAAAGUGUGUGAGGUUCAUUCCAAGACUGCUAAGGUCAUUGUGAAUGGUAUCGAGCAACGCUUUUGCCAGCAAUGUAGCAGGUUCCAUUUACUGGCUGAAUUUGAUGAUGGCAAACGUAGCUGUCGUAAACGCUUAGCUGGUCACAACGAGCGUCGAAGGAAGCCUCAUACCGGUAUGCAUUCUGCCAGAACAGGGAGGAAUUUCCAGUCAUAUGCUGCUACUAGGUUUCAGGGGAAUGCUUUUUCAACAUCAUCUUUUGUUUGUCAAGAUAUACUGCCCGGAAGCCUUCUGCAUCCACAGAAAUACGAAACGAAUGAGUGGUAUAGGAAUGUGAAAGUUGAGGAAGGGACAGAUUUUAGCCCUCAACUAGCAAUUCCUUUAGCAAAUGGACAGGCACAGGCAAAGUCUGUUUUUGGUUUGUAUAACUCGGAGAAACAUUGUCCUCCUCAUGAUGGUGGAGGGGGAAUAAGCGAGCUAGGAAGGGGCAGGAUUAGUGAGAGUAGUAAUUCCUAUCUACAUGAAAUGGCGGGGCAAGAUUUUGUUCCACGGGGCGCUGUCUAUCAUAGCACGUCGUUGGGUAGUGAAGUUCUGAGCUGCUGCGCUAUUCAGGGCCUGUCUGGGAUAUCGAGUUCUGGGCGUGCUCUCUCUCUUCUGUCAUCCCACUCGCAGAGUUCCUCUACUGCAUCAAUUAUUCCCGGGGCUCAUUCCCUUAUCAACCCGGGGACUAAUGAGCAUUAUGAUAUGGCACAAGUAUCUGACAAGUUCUUGGGGGUUAGCCCACCUGCCUCAACGAGCGCUUUGUCCCCGUCUGGAAUGAAUUCGUCUGAGGAUGCUCGCUUGCAACAGAUGAUGCUGUUUUCUAACGCUGCUCAGACCUAUGCAAUCAAUCCGAUUGUUCAAGGCUCGGGAUAUAUGAAUGUGAAGAACCAAAUUUCUGGCGAAGAAGAUGGCCCUACUAUUGAUUUGCUUCAGCUCUCAUCGCAGCUUCAAAGAGUGGAGCACGAAAGGCACUCCGUGCAAGUGAAGCAAGAAAGUGGCGCUUUCUCUGGCCUCAGAAUCACCUGAGUGAUUCAAACACAGCCUUUGGAUGAUUGAUCAUCGCUUGUGAGGCGCUAAAGCGUGCAGCCUUCCUCUUCCUGCCUUUCCAGCUAGCGAUCUAUCUGAGAAUCGAGGAAGCACAAAGAAGAAAUCGCGCAGAAGCUAAGCCAGGAACAUCGUUUGUGGUGUUCGUUCUUUUCCUUUACUUUUUCGUGUGCUGCUGACAACUACUGUUAGUUCUUUCAAACUUCUUCUGCUUUUAUAUGCAAAUCAUUUGCUUUAAUUUUCUCAGAUGCUUGACGCAAUAAUCAUGACUUUUAGUUGAAUCCCAUCCAUGUUAAGUUGUAUAUGAA